CACUUCUCUUUUACAUGAUUAUUGACAGGAAUAUUGUCAUGCUUCUUUGGCCAUUUCCAUCAACCUAUUUACUACUGUUUUGUCUUAAUGUUUGUCAUCUAUUCUGCACCUCAUUCUAGUGUUUUCUUCAUCGUAAGAUAAGCGUCUCAGUCAGCUGAUUACGAUGUUAAACUGGAAAAGUUUGAGAUAUAGAUUUGCAGUGCGGCUCAAUUGAUAAAACAGGUUGCUGCCGCCCGUUUAGCCCUUUGCCACUGGAGAUGUGGAGGCCGCCUACAUAUUGUUCGCAGCCUGUCUAGCGAAAUAAAACGCCUUUGGAAACCCAUGAAUUACGCCGUGGCUAUUCUCAAAUUAAUAAAACUCUCGACACAACGAGCCUUUCAUCUCUGUACGUACCACCUUCAGGCAGUAGCCGCUCUCCCUUUUCACACUGUUAUAUAAUAUUUCCUGGCUAUUGUUGGUGCUGUGAUAACAUUGUGUUCUACAGUGUAGUGACUAACAGCAGAAUCAACAACGUGCUAUUGUGCUACUGUUUAAUAUAAUGGCCUUGUAUUAUGUGCUCCUGAUAAUCUUGCUAAAUGUGUAAUGAAUAGUUGUGAUUUGUGUUCCCCUGAUUGGUUUGUUGUAAUAUCUUAUAUAAUAAAUCUAAAAUAUGUUGCGAAACACCAGAUGCUGGAGUAUAUAUAUGAGGACUGAGAACCACAUGCAACAUUCAGGGUUUUGUGCAGACGAGAAAAAUGGAGCGUGUGUUCCUCCUGUUGCUGACGGUUUCCAGCAGCCUGUGCGCUGGGAAUUACAGCCACCUGGGGACUGGGACCAGCAUGGCGGUCUGCCAACCUGACACCUGCGCCCUGCUCAGCGAGGUGGCAGCCAUGGGGGAGAAGCUGGCAGCCAUGACGCAAACGCAGAGCACGCUCGAGCGAAACCUCGGUGCAAUGAUGCAGAAAAUGGCCAACGUCGAAGCCAGCUUGCAGACGUGCAAAAGCCAAAUCGAGGAGCUGCGGAAGAUCAACCAGGCUCAGGACGAGCAGCUGAAGGCGCUCGUAGGCGUCACGUCCGCGAGCGCGUCGAGGAUGGCUUUCACCGCCGCUUUGGGAACCUCGGCGGGCCCGUUUGAACAUGACACGCCGCUUCAGUAUCAAAGAAUCCUCUCCAACAUCGGCAGCGGCUACAACCCCGCCACCGGCAUCUUCACGGCCAUGGUGCGGGGGAUGUACUACUUCAGCUACACCAUGUUCAACAACAACUCGGGACAGCCCAACUCGGUGGUGUCCCUGAUGAUGAACAGCCAGAAGAUGGUGUCCACCUGGGACACGGUGGGCGACGUAGGCCACGACAGCGCGACCAACGCAGCGGUGGUGCAGCUGGAGGCCGGGGACAGCGUGUUUGUGAAGAUCUACGCGAACAGAGUGCUCUACGACGACGGAUAUUACUACAACACCUUCAGCGGCUUCCUGCUCUUCACCUUGUGAUGAACUAGGACAUUUAACAUGUGAUGGACGAUAAGUAAAUUAUGCAGGAGUCCAGGUGGUUAAUUUGUCCUAUUGCAUUGUAAAACACAUGUUAUAUUUGGAAUUAUUGAAGAUUCAAUGACAAUAAAUGUAGAAAGAAAAACAUC